AUCACCCCAUAUGCCAUACCAGCAUCCUGAUCAUGGCCAUACCCCACACCAAUGUCCUGAUCACCGCCAUACCCUAUACGAGCAUUAUGAUCACCACCAUACUCCAUACCAGCAUUCUGAUCACAGCCAUACCCCAUACCAGUGUCCUGAUCACCAUCAUACCCCAUACCAGCAUUCUGAUCACUGCCAUACCCCAUACCAGCAUUCUGAUCACCACUAUACCCUAUACCAGCAUCCUGAUCACCACCAUACCCCACACCAGUAUCUUGAUCACCCCCAUUCCCCAUCCCAGCAUCCUGACUACUGCCAUACCAGCGUCCUGAUCACCUCCAUACCCCAUACCAGCAUCCUGAUCACUGCCAUACAUGCUACCAGAUUCCUGAUCAUUGCCAUGCCCCAUAUCAGCAUCCUCAUUACUGCCAAACUCAAUACCAAUGUCCUGAUCCCCACCAUACUCCAUACCAACAUUCUGAUCGCCCCAUAUCAGCGUCCUGAUAACCGCCAUAUGUCAAACCAACGUCCAGCAUUUUGUAGGCUCUAUAGCUUUCACACAGACACACAG